AUUCUUUAUUACAGGAAGACCCAGUACUAAUACAGUAUAAUAAUAAAGUUGUGGUGAUUUGGCUGCAACGUAGUUAAACAAUAACAGACAACCUGAGAUACAACAGGAAGACAUCGGUCACUUACUACAGUAGUCUAUAUGCCGAAAGAGCGUAGCAAGCAAAUUGUAUCGGACUAGUCGGUAACAGGAGCCGAAUAACAUGGCCACAGACUGCAUCGCGAAGCCCUUAUGCAAGUUUUUUGAGAAAUUUGGGUGCGCUGUGGCUACGCAUCCAUUAUGGUUUCUCAUAAUUCCUCUAUUUCUCUCCGCUGGUUUAGGAGGGGGAUUCUACUUUCUAAAAGAGAGGGAGGCCAAUGACAUCGAGGAACAAUUUACACCGGUGAACGGACCUGCCAAGCACGAAAGACGUUUUGUCAGGGAAAACUUUCCUUACGGCGAUGAUUCAAUGUUUUCAAGUCAAAGGCUCUACACCGAAGGAACAUAUGCGUCUCUUAUAGCAAAACACAGAUUCAAUAUACUGGCAAAAGCUGUUUUCAAAGAAAUAAUCGCUUUGGACGAAGCAAUCCGCAAUGUCCCUGUGAAAAUUGAUUUGGGGACAAUGCAGUUUUCUGAUAUUUGCGCCAAAUCAAACGGCAGUUGCGUCUCGAAUGCAAUAUUAGAAAUUAUGGAUAACAAUAACGAUGAAAUGGAACAAACCAGCAUCACAUUUCCAAUUUAUAGGAACCAAUCAGAAGUGUAUCUUCUUGGCUCUGCAGUCGGUGGAGUGAAACUGAAUGAAAAUAAUGUUGUCGAAAGUGCUCAGGCAAUAAGACUAUAUUACUAUUUAAAGGAAGAUGAAGCCAAUCGACAGAAAGUCAAUUUAUGGCUGGAUGAAUUUCUUAAAGUCUUAUCAAAUUACACAACUGCAGAUUUCAUUGAGGUGUCCUAUUUCACUUCUCGAUCACGACAGGAGGAACUUGAGGCAAAUUCAAAAGAAGUGAUCCCUUUAUUUUCAGUGACAUACUUCCUUUCCACCACUUUCGCAAUCAUAUCUUGCAUGAGAUUGGACAAUGUAUGGACAAAGGUGUGGGUGGCAACCUUUGGAGUGCUCUCUGCUGGUCUGGCAGUGCUGUCCAGCUUUGGGAUGCUGCUGUACAUUGGUGUGCCCUUUUCCAUGACUGUAGCUACGGCACCUUUCCUGAUACUUGGGAUUGGUGUUGAUGACAUGUUCAUCAUGAUUUCCGCCUGGCAGCAGACCAAUGUUUGCGACAGUGUUGAGAAGCGUCUGGCAGACACCUACAAAGAGGCAGCCAUCUCUAUCACCAUCACCACGCUGACGGACAUCUUGGCUUUCUACAUUGGUCUCAUGACACAGUUCCGCUCAGUGCAGUCUUUCUGCCUUUACACUGCCACAGCUAUCCUGUUCUGUUUUAUAUACAACAUCACGUUCUUUGGUGCCUUUAUGGCACUGGAUGGAAGGAGAGAAGAAAGUGAAAUGCACUGGCUGACCUGCAGGAAGGUUGAAUUCCAAAACCCCAAAGGAAGAUAUAAAUGUGACAGUAAAUCAUGUAAGGAAAAGAAUGAUGAUGUAGAUACAGUAAAUGUACAUCUAAUAAGUGGACUUUUUAAGGAUUACUUUGGACCUUUCUUAACCAAAUCAUGGAGCAAAGCUUUUCUGACCCUGCUUUAUGCUGCUUACUUAGCUGGCAGUAUUUAUGGAUGCAUCCAGACAAAAGAGGGAAUAGACCUCAGAAAUCUGGCCCCUGACAAUUCUUAUGUUAUUAAGUAUUACAGUGAUGAAAAGUUGUACUUUAGUACAUAUGGUCCAAGUGUUAUGUUGAUUUUAAAUGGUGAAUUUAAAUAUUGGAGCAAAACAGAACGAGCAGCUCUCAACUCAAGUUUGGAAAUAUUUCAAAGUCUACCAUUUGUUGACAAAAGCUUAUUUGUGUCUUGGCUAAAUGUUUAUGAAGAGUAUGCUAAAUCCAUAUUUAAUAUAAAUAAUGAAAUUGAAUUUAAAUCCUAUUUACCUGGAUUUUUAGAAAAAAGUUACUUUAAGCAAGAUGUCAACUUCACCAAUGACAAGAUUUAUGCCUCCCGGUUUUUUAUCCAGACCAUAAAUAUAGAUGAUGGUGAUAAAGAAAAGAACAUGUUGAAUAAGCUAAGAGAGGUUGCAGCGAAUUGUUCUGAUAAUAAUAAGAAUUAUUCUUUUAUGGUUUAUCACCCUGCAUUCAUCUAUUAUGACCAGUAUGUUGUCAUAGUUAGUAAUACUAUUCAGAAUAUUUUAGUGGCCACAGCAGCCAUGCUGGUCAUAUCCCUCUUGCUGAUUCCAAACCCUCUCUGCUCACUUUGGGUAACCUUUGCCAUUGCUUCUGUCAUUGUGGGUGUUGUUGGCUUCAUGACCUUAUGGGAUGUUAAUCUUGAUUCCAUAUCCAUGAUCAAUCUAGUUAUCUGCAUUGGCUUUUCUGUGGACUUCUCUGCACACAUUUCUUACGCCUUUGUCUCAAGCGGUAAAGAUAAACCCAAUGAAAAGGCCAUUGAUGCACUCUACACCCUGGGGUAUCCCAUAGUUCAGGGAGCUGUUUCUACCAUACUGGGGGUGUUGGUGCUAUCAGCAUCACAGAGUUACAUAUUCAGAACCUUCUUCAAAAUCCUGUUCCUGGUCAUCUUGUUUGGGGCAGUGCAUGGAAUUGCUUUCAUUCCUGUUUUUCUGACUUUCUUUGAAAUCUGCACUUGUUCAGAAAAAGUCAACAAUGAAAAUAAAGAAACUAAUGCUGGGUCAAUGAGCACUUAUGGUAAUCCUGAAUUUGAUUAUGGACCUAAUAUGGUUGAAGAUGGACAAUCACAGUUCACAUUUUCAUUGAAUAACCAAAAUCAGGUUUCACAAUGUGUUAGUGUGAAUGGGAACUGUAGCUUGGAAAUGAAAUUUGAACCUGACUGUCCCUGACUUUCAGAAUUGAUUAUUCUGACAUCAGUCCUCCUAAUUAUGAUGUUACAGGUAGGGAAACAGUUAGGUAGGGAAAAAACAGUUAAGGAUUCUGGUAGCUCUGUAAUACUGUAAGUGUGAGGCAAUCAUGGAACAGUGGCAUCAUAUCUGCAGAAUUCUAGAUGCUAAUAGCCUCCAUGCCUUGGAAUAUAUUGGCUGUACGGGCCGCACAUGGUAGCACCACUGCUCCAUUUAAUGAUUUGUAUUUUCUUUUUUUUCUAUUUGUAUUUUCAUGUCUUUGUUCAAUAUCUUUAUUACAGGAAAUUAUGAAAAUGUGCAAUUGUUUCUAAAUCAUUGUAGAACAAUAAAAUGUGAUUUUUUCAAUGCCAUUCAGUUUGAAUAUGCUGUAAUGUCCAGUUAAAACCCUCAAUGUAAUGAGCUGUACCACAAUAACUAUUUAAUAUAACUAUUUCAAGGUAUACUAUGUAGGUUUUUGCAGACCUUGUAGACUCUGUGUUAAAGUAAACUUCACUCACACCUCUUUUUUCCUCAAGCCCACCAAAACCUCCAUUGAGGACACACCCUCAAGCGCUACAAGCGAAAUGUAAAGCGAAGAGGUAAGGUGCUCAGAGAUAUUGAAAUUUUCACGUCGCCUCACAGCAAGAAGGUCGUGGGUUCAAAUCUCAGCUCGGGGCUUUUCUGUGUGGAGUUUGCAUG